UGGCGGGCGCUGGCGCCGGGGACGACGGCUGCGUGAGGGGCUGAGCGGCUGAGCGGGAGCGCGCCGCAAGCAGAGGGACAUGGCUCGAGCCGGUCCGGGGACAGAUUUCUGCGGACCUGUUGAGAUGUUUACUUUCAGAGAUGUAACUCUCAUCUUUCAAAGGAAGCACUUGUUGCACCUGGAAUAGGUCAAAAUGCAAAGACUGAAAAACUCUUUGGAAGAUGAAUUUCUGUAGCAUUUCAUUAACAUUAUAGUAUUGAGAAUGGAUAAGUGUAAACAUGUAGGAAGACUUCGGCUUGCCCAAGACCAUUCCAUUGUAAAUCCUCACAAGUGGCAUUGCAUGGUAUGCAAUACUACAGAAUCUGUAUGGGCCUGCCUCAGCUGCUCACAUGUUGCUUGUGGAAGAUACAUUGAAGAACAUGCACUAAAGCACUUUCAGGAAAGCAGUCAUCCAGUGGCAUUAGAAGUGAAUGAGCUGUACGUUUUCUGCUACCUUUGUGAUGACUAUGUUCUUAAUGAUAAUGCAACUGGUGAUUUAAAGCUGUUGCGAAGUACAUUAAAUGCAAUCAAGAGUCAGAAUUAUGACUGUACUACUCGCAGUGGCAGGAUUUUGCGAUCGAUGGGCACAAGUGACUACCUUUCCCAUAAUAGUGCUCAAGCCUUGCUUCGUAAUCAAGACCGUAUGUUCACAGCUCUGUGGCACAGGAGGCAUGCAUUAAUGGGCAAAGUUUUUAGAUCUUGGUUUGAACUGACACCAAGUGGGAAAAGGGUUUUAGAAGAAGAGAAGCUAAGGGAAGAAGCAGAAGAAAGAAGGAUCAAUGCUAAGAAGAAAAGAGAAGAGAGAAAGCGCCAGUUGAAAGAAGAAAUGGAAAAAAUGCCUCCAAGAAAGAGCUUUCGCUUGCAAAAUCAAAAUAAGGAAUCCUCAAAAAUAUCACUCUAUGCACUAAAAAUGUCACAGAAUUUGGACUCUGCUGUAGAACUGAAAGUAACAGCUACCUCAGAUGAUGUAAAAUUAAAAAAAAUUAAUGACUCUCCAGUUAAACGAAGGCCUACUGUGACUCCCGGUGUAACAGGAUUACGAAACUUGGGGAAUACAUGUUAUAUGAACUCUGUUCUCCAGGUAUUGAGUCAUUUGCUCAUAUUUCGGGAAUGUUUUUUAAAGCUUGAUUUGAACCAAACUCAAGAGUUGUUAGCAGCUGCAGCCAAUGGCAAAACAAGAUCAUCUUCUAAGCAUUCUCCAUCUGCCGGCUCUAUAUUUCAUGUGAACAAAAGUCAAUUUAAGGACAAGGAGUCUUCUGCAAGGCGAUCUAGUGUUUCAUCAGGCUUAAGUGGUGGAGCGUCAAAUAGCAGAAAUAUGGAACUUAUUCAGCCUAAGGAGCCAAGCUCAAAGUACAUUUCUCUUUGUCAUGAGCUGCAUACAUUGUUUCAAGUCAUGUGGUCUGGCAAGUGGGCUUUGGUAUCUCCAUUUGCCAUGCUCCAUUCUGUGUGGAGACUAAUCCCAGCCUUUCGUGGUUAUGCCCAGCAAGAUGCUCAGGAAUUUCUCUGUGAACUUUUGGAUAAAGUACAGCAAGAAUUGGAGACAGCUCGUACAAAAUGCCCAGCCCUCAUCCCCACUUCUCAAAGGAAACUCAUUAAACAGGUUUUGAAUGUGGUCAAUACAAUUUUUCAUGGACAGCUUUUAAGCCAGGUAACGUGUCUUGCGUGUGAUAAUAAGUCUAAUACUAUAGAACCCUUCUGGGAUCUGUCACUGGAAUUUCCUGAACGAUACCACUGCAAUGGAAAGGAGACAACCUGUCAGCAUCCAUGCUUGUUGACGGAAAUGUUGGCCAAGUUUACAGAAACUGAAGCAUUGGAAGGAAAGAUAUAUGCCUGUGAUCAGUGCAACACAAAACGAAGGAAGUUUUCUUCUAAGCCCAUUAUACUCACAGAAGCACAGAAGCAACUUAUGGUAUGCCGACUACCUCAAGUUCUGCGGUUACACCUUAAGCGGUUCAGAUGGUCAGGACGUAAUCAUCGUGAGAAGAUUGGUGUGCACGUCAGCUUUGAUCAGACGCUCAACAUGGAGCCCUAUUGCUGCAGAGAAUCUCUCAAGUCCCUUGUUCCAGAUUGCUUUACCUAUGACCUGUCUGCUGUUGUGAUGCAUCAUGGGAAAGGUUUUGGCUCAGGACACUACACUGCCUAUUGCUAUAACUCAGAAGGAGGAUUCUGGGUUCAUUGCAAUGAUUCCAAGCUCAACAUGUGCACUAUGGAAGAAGUAUGCAAGGCCCAGGCCUACAUCUUGUUUUAUACUCAACGAAUUACUCAGGCAAAUGGACACUGUAAUGUUUCAGCUCUUGACUCACCAUCUGGAAAACAGCCAAAUACUGAGGUUAAUUGUUCCAGUGCAGAUAGUAACAGCUAAUCCAAAGCCAAUUUAAUAUGUACAGUACAAGUCUGAGAGUUGUCACUUGUACAUGUGUUGAGAUGAGUAAGUGCAGUAUUGUACAAUGUAUCUUCAUACCCUUUUGUACUAGCUGAAAACUUGUUUUGGGGAAUUUUUUUUAGUAUAAAUACUUUUUAUUGAUGGUAGUUAACUUCCAAAAUUAUUAGGAUAUCUGUAUAGCUAUUUUUUUAAAAGAAAUUUGCCAUUUGAAUUGUUAAAUCUUACCUCAAGCUGUUUCUCAGCAUUUUUAUAUUUUGAUAUUUUGGUGUAGAAAACAUAGAUAAGGAAUUUUCGUGAGCAACUUGUGUAAUUUUGGAUUUUUUUUAUAAAAAAUGUGCAUUUUAUACCAUGUUUCCUGAAGUACCAGUCAUUGCAGGCAUAUGUCUUGCUUCCACAGAAUUAAAAAAAAUAAGAUGGUAUAAAAUGUAGAACUUUGCUUUCCCCUCUGAACUGAAAAGUCCUGCAGAGAGCAAAAUACAACUCUGCUUUCUACCUCCAUUUGGUAAACCAUAUGAUCUACUCGGUCACUAAGUCCUGGGGAGAAGCAACAAGAUAUUUAUUCGGUGUAUGCAACUGCUCAGUGCUAGGGGAAGAAUAACUGGCAAAUUAUUACCACCCUCUGAGUCAACUGUAUCAAUAAAACACCCCAAAUCUGA